AACUAGCCAAGUCCCCUGUCAGAAAUUUAGCUUCUAGUUUCUUUUAUCAUAAACUUCUCUUUCUUUUUCUCCAACUUCUACAAUUUCUUUCUUUCUGUUCAACCUAGCUGGCUAGCUAGUGCUAUGGCAAAGCAGGGGAAUAAGAUCGUUCAAGCCAAGCUGGUACUUCUUGGAGACAUGGGAACUGGAAAGACCAGUUUAGCAUUAAGAUUUGUAAAAGGAAAGUUCUUUCCUAAUCAGGAACCAACCAUAGGAGCUGCUUUUUUCACACAAAUAUUAUCAUUAUCUGAAGCGACUGUGAAGUUUGAUAUAUGGGACACAGCAGGACAAGAACGAUAUCACAGUUUGGCUCCUAUGUACUACCGUGGUGCUGCAGCAGCAAUUGUUGUCUAUGACAUCUCAAGCGUUGAUACGUUUGUUCGAGCCAAAAAAUGGGUUCAGGAAUUGCAAAGACAUGGAAAUCAGAAAUCGGUGAUGGCAUUAGUAGCAAACAAAUGUGACUUGGAGCCAAAGAGAGAGGUUGAAGCUGAGGCAGGGGAGCAAUUUGCUCAAGAAAAUGGAAUGUUCUACAUGGAAACAUCUGCCAAGACUGCAGAGAAUAUCAACGAGCUUUUCUGUGAAAUAGCAAAAAGACUAGCUAGAGUUUUGCCACCAAAGCCUACCGGAAUGAAGUUGAACAGCGAUAUACAAGAUAGAGGGAGAAAUUAUUUUUGUUGCUCAGCAUGAUGAUAUUCCUACCUAAUCAAUCACAGAGAAAUAAUGGCACCAAGAUAGACGACUGGACGUUGAAUCACUGCUACUCUUCCCUCGUAAUUUACAUAUCAUCUGGAAUCUUGUUCAUGUACUAUAUUUGGGUACAUGUAUAGUUUCCUUCCUAGUUGGAUGCGUUGUUUUUUAAUAAAGAAUUUCACAUGUAUUCAAAUUAAAAUAUAUUGGUUUUCAGUUGAGCUAUCAAUUUAAAUCAUGUUUGGUCCU